UAUAAAGAUUUUCAAUGGUAAUCGCCGGUUCGGCGGUGUCAUUUCCCCUGGUCCACAUACAAAAACAAUUAGGGCCAGCAAUUGAAUAACGAUUUUGGGGAUAAUAAUCUUUGAAAACCCCAAUUUUUUGAUUAUUGAUUUCAAUUUAUUCUCACCCACUAUUCAAUUUCAUGCCCCCUUUUCGUCAUUUUUCCUCUCGUCUUCGCACUUCCGAAAUCUGAAAGUUCAGCAAUUAUCGCUACCCACCUGUGAUUGAAGUGGGUUUUAUAAGAUCAUAACAUUGUUGAUUUGAGUAGCAAUUCAUUAUGGGUUGUAAGGGGUUUUUGGAGUGUUUAUUGAAGCUCCUAAACUUCUUGUUGACACUUCUUGGUCUUGCCAUGGUCGGAUAUGGGAUUUACAUGUUUGUUAUGUUCAAAAAUGCAAACGAUGAUUGGGAUCCGCUACAUGGAGAAUCGAUACAGCUUGGUCGCCCGAUGCUAAUGGCCGUCUCACUGUCAAGCAACAAGAUCUUUGAUAACUUGCCUACUGCUUGGUUCAUUUAUCUCUUUGUCGGCAUUGGUGCGCUUCUCUUUGUCAUAUCUUGUUUUGGUUGCAUUGGAGCAGCAACUCGAAGUGGAUGUUGCCUAACUUGCUACUCGCUACUUGUGAUUUUGUUAAUACUGGCGGAACUGGGAUGUGCCGCUUUCAUCUUCUUUGACAAAAGCUGGAGAGCCGAGAUCCCGGUUGACAAAACUGGAGAAUUUGACACGAUGUAUAGAUUUCUUGAGAAGAAUUGGAAUAUAUGCAGAUGGGUUGCACUUGGCGCUGUUAUAUUGGAGGUUCUUGUAUUCUUGUUAGCACUUAUGGUUCGGGCUGCAAAUAGUCCAUCAGAUUAUGAUAGCGAUGAGGAGUACAUCGAUGGUCCAAGGCAGCAACGGCAGCCAUUGAUCAGUAGGCAACCCGUUCCUUCUCAGGUUGCUCCUGGAACCCUCGAUAGCCGUCCAAGCAGAAACGAUGCAUGGAGUGCACGGAUGAGGGAGAAGUAUGGACUUGAUACAUCGGAGUUCACAUACAACCCGAACGAGCCAAACAGGUACCAGCAGGUCAGCAUGCAAGCAACGGAGGAGAAAAGCCGAUGCACCAUCAUGUAACCAUGAGAGAAAGUUGUGUUUUCUUUCUGAAACCCAAUUUUUUGUUCUAUUGAUUGAUGUUUGUAUGUUGUUGCUGUUGUUGUUGUUCAGCAGCAGCAGCAGCAGCAGCAUAACAUUUUAUUGUUGAGUGUGUAUAACAACACAGUUUCAGGAGCUUCACUCUUUUGUGUUUUUUUUUUACUUGAAUGUUAAUUGUCUUCUUUUUAAUCUUGGUUUUCAAUGUUAUGAUUCUAUGCCUUGAAUGGCAUGGUGAGUAAAAA